AUGGCCGACAUCCCCGAGAGCCUCAAUUUCCGCACUGCCAGCGCAGAUGAUGCAUCCGCACUCCAACAACUGAUCCAGGCCGCAUUUCGUGCCGAAGAUAGUAGGCAGGGAUGGGUUGCCGAUAUGGCCAUCAAUUCGCGCUUUACAGUCGACAUCGCCCACAUCGCCAAGACAGUCACCGAGCCUGACAGCGACUUCCUGAUAGCUUCCAACAAGGCCGGGGAUACAGUGGCAACUAUUGCCGUCUCAAGACGUGACACCGAUCUCGCUCGUAUCUUUAUGCUGGCUGUAGACCAGCGGUGGCAACAGGCAGGGUUGGGCCGACAAGUUCUUGCGUACGCCGAAGAAUAUUGCCAGCGGACUUGGGGCGUCACAAGACUAGGUCUAGAUGCUCUGUCUACGCGUCAGGAGCUCAUUUCGUGGUACCUCCGACGUGGCUAUUUGAAGACUGGAGAGACAAAGCCAUUCCCCGCGAUGCAUACAGUGAUCUCGAUCUGCCGGAGGAUCUUGUCUUUGUUCAAUUUGAGAAAUCGAUAA